AAGAAAAAAAAGUAGUAGUGGUGGUGGUAGGAAUUCUUCUAUGAUAAAAGAAAGUUCUACCCACCUUCAACAAGCAAAGGCACCCAUCUAUGUACCAAUAAGUUUCCAACUCCAAAAUUUUCAAACAUAUAAUUUCUCACAUCUCCAUCAACUUUUUUCUUUGCAUAAAAAAAACCUCAACCUUUUUCUUUGCACUAAAAAAAAAAAAAAUCAACCUUUUUCUUCCUAUAUAUAACCCCUUCCUCUAUCCUUCACCUUCUCAUACACAAAAACCUAGUUUUCUCCUCUCUUGCAAAACACUUCUCUUGAGUCCAACAAAAACACCAAUUUUCUCUCAUACUUAGCUUGAACAAUAAUCAAAGCAUAAAAACAUGGAGCAAAAUACAGCAAUGAUAUCUAAGAAGAUAUGGAAGAUAGUAAAGGUAGCUUUGUUCAUGAUAAGGAAAGGUUUAUGCAAGAAAAAAUUACUUGUAGACCUCAACACUAUGAUGAAACGCGGCAAAAUUGCUAGAAAAGCCCUAGGUAACCUAAUGUUUCACAACUAUAACAACCACCACUUCUUUGCUUCCCGAGGCGGCGGCGACGUUGGUGAUGCUCCGUCCAACCACCACCAUGACAACGCUCGAGAGUAUGAGUUUAGUUGUAGUAACACCCCUUUAUACCGCCACUACUUCAACAAAAGAAAAAACCAACACCACCAAAAUGAAAACCUAUAUUACUUGCCCUCACCUUUUCCUUUGGAAGAUUGUGAGAAUAAUGUUAAUAUUGAGGAAUUCAGCAACAUGCUGGAUAUGAUGUUACGUAAUGAUGAAGGUACUGGUGGUGUUUCGGCCGCGUCGCCGGCUUUGCCUGGUCUAGGUUUUGGGCGGAGCCCUGGUGUCCGGCAGCUAAGGAUUAUGGACUCUCCGUAUAUGGAUCAGGGAAAUAAGCAUGUUGAUCAAGCUGCUGAGGAUUUCAUAAAGAAUUUUUAUUCUCAGCUUAAGCUACAAAAUUAGUGCUAAAACUAGUUUGUUCUAGACAUGAUUUUUUGAGAUGAUUGCUACUUAUCUACAAUAGAUUGGUUGCUCUAAACAUAUUUUGAAUAUAUCAACAAAAUAUAUUACUAUGUAUUGUUGAUAUGGUUCACGAAAAAAGAAAAAAAGGCAAAAAAAAAAAAAAGCAAAGGUUUUUGUAGGAUGCACAUUUAAUUGUAGCUUGUAGGUUAGGUUUUUUUUUGUUUGUUUGUUAUUCUCUCUUUUCCUUCUUUGUCUUUUUUGUUAGUGGGGAGAGGUGUUUAAUAAAAAAACAAAUUUGAUAUCA